UAUCGUGGGUUCUGUUCCAGUAUCUAGGGUUCUGUUGAGUAUCUAUGGUUCUGUUGCCGUAUCUAGAGUUCUGUUGAGUAUCUGUGGUUCUGUUGAGUAUCUGUGGUUCUGCUGGAGUAUCUAGGGUUCUGUUCCAGUAUCUAGGGUUCUGUUGCCGUAUCUAGGGUUCUGUUCCAGUAUCUAGGGUUCUGUUGAAUAUCUAGGGUUCUGUUCCAGUAUCUAGGGUUCUGUUCCAGUAUCUAGGGUUCUGUUGAGUAUCUAGGGUUCUGUUGAAUAUCUAGGGUUCUGCUGGAGAACUCCAGUAGCACAGAGAAGCCAGGAUCUAAAUGCAGAUGUGACAGAAGGAAUAGACUAAUUGUGACAAAACAAACUUCAUGUAACAGGAAGGUUCUGAAGGUUCUGUACAGAGCAAACAGGAAAUAAUAAAUACGCUGUAUUGUAAAACUCACGUUUUACAAUAACCUGUAUAUAUAUAUAUAUAUAUACUACGUAAUAAUAUGCAUAAUACUGUGCAGUAACAGUGUAAUUAGUUUACAGUCACCUGUGUGGUGUUGAGUGAAAUCUUGGCAGCAGGAAGUGGAACGGUCCAGGUCGUCGGACACGUUCCACCUGAAUCUGGAAAGGGGGCGGGGCUGGCUGAUGCUAUAAAAUCCAUCAGCGCUGGGUCACCUGUCAGUGAGCAGCUGAGAACUUACAGAGAACAUUCGACUGAUUCUACAUCUGCAGCUGAGAGCAAACAGAGAUGUCUUUAUCCGUCCUGAAGACCGUGGACCUCCACAGUCAAACCAACAACACUGAGCAUCACACCAGUGAAAUCUCAGUGGAUCAGCUGAUCGUGAGACGAGGUCAGCCCUUCACCGUGACCCUCCACCUGACCCAGGCUUUCAACCAUGACCUUCAUCACCUGAACUUCACCGCAGAGACCGGUGAACUUCCAUCUGAGGACCGGGGGACCAAGUCCCGCUUCGCCAUCCCGGACAACGUGUGGCGUUCCUCGUCAGCGAAGGCGGUGUGGAGGGUGGAGCUUAAGAAGAACUACCCACAGACCGCCAUAGCUCUCACCAUCACCCCCCCGUCUGACACCCCCAUAGGAGAGUACAAGCUGUCUGUGAGCACCAAGCACGGAGAGACGCUGCGGGUGACGCUGACGGUUCUCUUCAACCCCUGGUGUCCAGACGACUGGGUGUUUCUGCCUGAUGAGCGGGAACGUCAGGAGUACGUGAUGAACGAACAGGGAAUCAUCUACAGAGGAAGUGGAAGAUACAUAUCACCUUGUUACUGGGACUACGCACAGUUUGAGGACGACAUGGUGAAGAUCUGUAUGAAGAUGCUGGACGUGAACCGUAAACACUUGUGGGACCCAGCUGACGACGUCUCCGCUCGCUGUAACCCCAUCUACGUCGGGCGUGUAGUCAGCGCCAUGAUCAACUGCGCAGACGACCGUGGCGUCCUGCAGGGGAACUGGAGCGGCUCGUUUGGCGGCGGGGUCCCGCCCACUCACUGGAGCGGCAGCCAUGCCAUUCUCAAAAGGUGGUACAACUCUAACUGCCGCCCGGUCAGGUACGGCCAGUGCUGGGUGUUCGCCGGAGUGAUGUGUUCAGUGUUGCGUCUGCUCGGUAUCCCCUGCCGCGUCAUCUCCAACUUCCAGUCGGCUCACGACUGCAACCAGAACCUGCUGAUCGACGUUUAUCACGCCGACUACGGAGUCAGAGAGAAGAAGUCCAGGGACAGUAUCUGGAACUUCCAUGUGUGGGUGGAGGGGUGGAUGAGGCGUCCUGACCUGUCAGCUGAUGGGAAAUUCGACGGCUGGCAAAUUCUGGACCCGACGCCUCAGGAGAAGAGCGACGGUGUUUACUGCUGUGGUCCCGCCCCCCUCACCGCCAUCAAGAACGGACACAUCAACUCUAAAUACGACCUCCCGUUUGUCUUUGCCGAGGUGAACGCUGACUGUGUGGACUGGCUGGUCAAAGCUGACGGCUCCAAGGUGAAAAUCUACUCUGACACAAAGAGAGUGGGUCACAACAUCUCCACCAAGUCUGUGGGCUCCAAUCAGAGGCAGGACGUCACCAACAACUACAAAUACAGAGAGGGCUCCAAGGAGGAGAGGGAGGCCUUUAAAUACGCCACCACUGGAGACUUAUCCGGAGACUUCUCCAGAGACUUCAUCAUGCACUCAUCCGCCGUCUCACCUAGCGACUCACCCACAAACGUAACUCCACCAACGUCGAAUGGAGGGAACCAUGUGGUGGAGGAGACAGAUGAAGAAAAUCUUGACGUCAUCCUUCCUCUGCCUGUGUCCAUGAGGUUCGAGGAGGUGUCCCAGCCGGUGAACGGUAAGGACGUGAGCCUGAACCUGGUGCUGACCAGUAAGAGCGGUGACGCCAGGCCGCUGUCCGUCAACCUCAGCGUCCAGGCCAUGAGGUACAACGGCAGACCGGCCGUCAACAUCAAGACCGAGGUGAAGGAGGCUACGCUGCAGCCCGGGAAAGAUCUGUCCAUCCCGGUUCUGGUCCCCUUCUCGUCCUACCACAAACACAUGGUGCAGCUUGACAGCUUGAAGAUCUCCGCCAUCGUCACGGACAAACAGAAUCCAGACAACAAGUACCUGGCUGAGGACGACGUUGUGCUGCUGGACCCGCCCAUCUCUGUCACCAUGUCCAAACAGGUCAGAUUUAACCAGGAGGCGAGAGCGGAGGUGGUUUUCAUGAACCCGCUGGAGGAGACGCUGACGGACUGCACUGUGACGCUGUCAGGAAGUGGACUGGUGAGAGAGGAGCAGCAGUUCAGACUUCCAGAUUUGCAGCGAAACAGAAGAAUCCGGAUCCAGUUCCCGUUUGUUCCCUACAAGACCGGAGAGAAGACUUUGAUGGUGGACUUCAACUGCUCCGCCUUCAGGAACCUGAAGACCAGCGGCACCGUCACCGUCAGAGUCUGAAUCCUCAGGACCACAGAGUGACAGUCAGGGUUAGGGAAUCAGAGGCAGGGAUUUCAUUUUCUUUUGUUCAUAUAUGAAUGAAUCUGGUUUAAGAAACCACACUUGUGUUUAUUGUUUGACCCAGCUGACAGGUCUGACAUCACACCUGUAGCUCCACAGUGACACGGGUAGCUUCCUGUUGUUAGAUGAAAGUGGUGUUAUAGCGCCUCCCUGUGGUUCAGUAAAUAAAAGACCAGAUGCUGUGUCAGCUGGAUGAUGUCCUCUACAUCAACAUUGUUUUAUGGUUUUAAUCUUUUGAUAAAAAACACAGAUAUAAUAUUUAUUAAAAGCUCUUUUUGUCUUUAGUAAUAAUGAUGCAAAUCAGAAAAAAAGAAGCCACUGCUUUAAUUUCACAUGUAUUUAAUAACAUAAUUCCAUGAUCUGCUAUAUAGAUGUGUCUUAGUUGUUUUACCUUAUAACAUGAAUAUAACAAAUAAUAUAAUAAAAAUCUUUUAAUUUAAUUUCGCCUUUAAUUCUCUCAUAUUUUACUAUUCUUACUGUUUUCUGUUUUUAUUUUCAUUUACAUAUUUUCAUCUAGUCUUUCUAUUGUCUAAUUUCAUUGUCCUCCUAUUCUUCCUUGUUGUACUGCACUAUUUCAUUUUUUAUUGUAAAGCACUCACAUCUACAGCUAAAUCUACUGUAUGAAAAGUGCUCUAUAAAUAAAGUGUAUUAUCAUUAUUAUUAUUAUUAUUAUGUGAUACAGUUAGUUGAAAUGAUUAAAAAUGAUAUU